AUGUCUCAUGAUACGGGCUCCUCUGGUCCAAUGACAGAAGCCGAGCUCCCAAUCGACAGUUUCUACCCUACAUCCUACGUCCAGAAGAUAUUCGCCAUUCUCACGGGAGGUUGCACACGGGCGAAACAGACAGACAGGACUGGUGGCCUCGCGGGCACUGACCACAUCCUGGCGGAGGGAGAUGCCCUUCGAUUCUUCGAGCCAUCUCCACGCAUGGAAAUCCACCGACCGACCUUCCUCAUAAGCACCCGGGCCCCCAUCCGCCCGCAUCCUGUCCUGUCCGCCACCGACACCCCACGCGCAACAGGCAUAGCUACAACCCGAACGAUGUCCCGAAAGCAAUCCCCCACAUCAAGCCUCACGCCCGACGCACGGUUCAUGCGUCUGUGCUGCGCCGUCCUCGAGAGCAUGGUCAACACGCCCAAGAUCAACUACACCCUCCUCGCGCAGAAGAUGGGAUACGCGAACGCGCGGGUCGCACAAGACAGCUACUGCCGCUUCCGAGCUCGACUCCGCGGCGACGCGAACUACGCCAAUCGUGGCGGCGGCAAGAGCAAGAGCAAGAGCAAGGAGAAGUACCUGGCGAAGGUUAGGGGGUUGGGGGAUGGCGAGCCGCCGAAGCAUUACGAUGAGCCGGUUGACGAUGAUGAGGAGGAGGUGAAGGGGAAGGGGAAAUGGCUGGUUGACGGGGAGGUGAAGGUGAAGGUCAAGGUGGAGAAGGAGGAGGAGGAGGAGGUGAAAGUGAAGGUGGAACAGAAGGUGGAGGUGGAAGAGAGAAUGUAUUGGGUGGUUAAGACGGAGCCUGAUACCGAAGUGUGGGUCUGGGAGGGCGCGGAUGUGAGUCAUGAGCAUCAUGACUAG